AAACAGGCACGUUUUGUAUUUUUAUUUCCGUUGAGCAACAAUAAGGAUAAGAUAACAGUGCCUGCCUCUUGGCUUUGCUCUUGGUCCACUUUAUCAUUAAACAUUACUAUAAAUUCAGUAGUAUUUACAUCAUCUUGGUCAACAAAAUCUGGUUGAAAAAAAUGGACUAUAGGUAUCCUUCAAGUAUUGAAGGUGACGAUGAUGUCAACUUAAAUUAUCAAGACCCCAUGUAAGGCUCCAUAUUAUGUCGCUUACAGUGCAAAAAUAUAUUUGAAUCGGCCAAUAAAAAAAGUUAUUAUGGCAUUUUUUAAUAAUUCUCUGAAUGACACUGAAGAAAUGGUAGACGAUCCCUUGUGCAACCCUGAUAAGCCUGUAAAAGUAUCUUUUGAAGAAAUAACAUCUGCGGCCUAUAAAAUUAGAAUGGGAAUAAAAAAUACACCAUGCGAGAAAUCCCAUUUAUCAGACCUCACGAAUAUGAGUAUUUUUUUGAAAAAGGACUUUCUACAGCAUACUGGCAGUUUUAAAGAGAGGGGCGCCAGGUAUGCUAUGGUGAUGCUCAACGAAGACGAGCGCAAAAGGGGCGUCAUAGCAGCUUCUCUGGGCAAUCACGCCCAAGCAGUGUGCUACCACGGAUAUCAACUCGGUAUCCCAGUUACAGUGGUUAUGCCUUUGAUCGCUCCCAUAAUGAAAAUUCAAAAAUGCCGAGAAUAUCACGCAAACGUUGUAAUCGAAGGAAAUGAUAUGGCCGAAGCUAAAAAAAUUGCUUAUAAAAUGUCAAGAGAGAAGAGUUUGACUUAUAUAAAUGGGUAUGACCAUCCCCAUAUAAUCGCAGGUCAGGGAACUAUAGCUUUGGAAAUUAUGGAACAAGUUCAGAACAUAGACGCCAUUGUUGUACCUACAGGAGGUGGAGGCUUACUAGCAGGAGUUUCUGUAGCUGUAAAAAUGUUAAACCCUAACAUAAAAAUAAUUGGAGUUGAAUCUGAAAGAUGUGCAAGUUAUUCUAAAGCCAUGGAAAACAACGGUCCAGUAUUCACACCCAUAGAAGGUACCUUGGCAGAUGGCCUGGCGGUUCCUGAGGUAGGUUUCAACGCUUGGGAGACUUCCAGAAAUCAUAUUGAUAAAAUGAUCGUGGUUAAAGAAGAAUGGAUAGCUCUGGCGAUUUUAAGGUUCAUAGAAAACGAAAAAUGCGUUGUUGAAGGAGCUGGCGCUUGUGGAUUGGCUGCCAUUUUAGCUGGUCAAAUGGAAGAAUUCAAAGGAAAGAGAGUUGUUCUUAUUCUAAGUGGUGGUAAUAUUGACACAACAAUCCUAGGAAGAUGUCUAGAAAGAGGGUUAGCUGCCGAUGGUCGUCUGAUAAAAUGUAGAGUAACUGUCAGUGAUAGACCAGGUGGAAUUUUAGAACUCUGUAAACUUUUUGGAUCAAUUGGAGUCUCAAUAAAAGAUGUGAUUCAUGAAAGGGCAUGGGUGGCAUCAGAUGUAUUUAGCGUUGAGGUAAAAGUUGUGUGUGAAACCAGAGACUAUGCCCACAGUGUACAACUGAGAGAUCUGCUAAAUUCUAAAUAUAAGAUUGUUUCUUUUGAAAAUUUUCCGGAUAAAGAUGAAUUUAAAUAUAAUUGCGGUUCUCUACUAUAUUCUUAGAUUUACUUGAUAAAUGUCAUAUUUUAUUUUAUAAGCAUAUACCUAUAAUAAAAAUUUAUAUUUGGAUUGAUAUAGAAUAACAAUAUAAACA